GACGAGAAAGCCGCAACAAAGACGUCAAAGCCGCAACAAAGACGUCAAAGCUUCCCAAAACACCGUCACUCCUGUCGCUUUGCAGCUCCGAUCGAUCUUAGAGGCAAAUCUCGUGCCAAACAGCUCCCAAAAGAAAAGCCGCCAAAAUGAACACCCAAAGGGUCGGCCUCAUGGCCAUGCGCCGAGCUGCUCUUCGCAACCCCGUCUCCUUCACCCAGCAGAUCCCCAGGUUGGCUCUCGCAAGCUCACAAGCACGACCCGUCUCGACAGAAAAGCUCUCCCACAGCGACGCCGACCGCCUCCUGGCCGAGCAGCGCCUCAAGCGGCCCGUGUCGCCGCACCUCGAGAUCUACGACUACCGGCAGACGUGGCUGAGCGGCUCCAUCUGGCAGCGCAUCACGGGCGGCAUCCUGACCGGCGGCCUGUACGUCUUUGGUGCCGCCUACCUCGUCGCCCCGCUGACCGGCUGGCACCUUGAGACGACGAGCAUCGCCGCCGCCGUUGCCGCCUGGCCCGCCUUCGCCAAGGGAGGUCUCAAGUUCCUCAUCGCCUGGCCUUUUACCCAGCACGCCAUCGCCGGCGUCCGCCAUCUGGUCUGGGACUUUGCCCUGGGCUUCAACAAGCCCACUAUCGCAAAAACCACCAACGUCCUGUGGUUCACCGGCAUUCUGACUGCUGCUGGCUUGGCUGCGUUCCUGUGAAGGAGGAAUUUGUUUCAGGGGGAGUGUUUGAGAGGGAGAAAGAGGGUAGGGCUGUGAACGUCUACUGAAGUGAACAGCCAGGACGGGGUGGACGCUAGAGGUCAAGAGCGGCGGCCUGUUGGAUGAAAAAGACCCUGGGUGGUUAGGCUCAUUGGGUCUUGUGUAACUCAGUUUCAAUAAAUAUGUACGGCGUUUAUAAUAUCACGUGGUUGUGGUCC